AUGGAACUUACAAUGGAGAACAUUGGGAACCUCCACGGCGUUUCUCAUAGCCAUCAAACGGAGGACCUGAUGAACUCUCAUCACGGACGACAGUCCUCACACAGAAACCUGGUGUCGCACGGGCGCUCGGCGAUGGUUUCCAGCAUGGCUUCAAUUUUGGAAGGGGCUGGAGACUAUCGCACGGACCACGCAUUGUCCGGUCCUUUACACCCGGCAAUGACCAUGUCCUGCGAUUCCGGAAUGAGUUUAAGCAGCACCUAUACUACACUAACGCCGCUGCAACACCUGCCUCCCAUUUCCACGGUCUCCGAGAAAUUUCACCAUCAUCCCCACCCUCAUACCCAUCACCAUCCGGCUCAUCAGCGUCUCACUGCCGGGAACGUUAGCGGCAGCUUUACCCUUAUGCGCGAUGACCGGAGCCUAGCGUCUAUGAGCAAUCUUUACAGUCACUACCCCAAAGAUAUGUCUGGUAUGGGACAGUCGUUAUCCCCUCUGUCCAACGGGCUUGGGUCUUUGCACAACUCUCAGCAGUCUCUCUCGGCCUACGGUCCUGGGACCCAUCUUUCGAACGACAAGAUGCUGUCCACGGGAGGCUUCGAGAGCCACGCGGCCAUGCUGUCUAGGAGCGAGGAUCACCUAGCUCGGGGUUUAGGGAGCCAUGGUGCUGGUAUCAUGACCUCUCUCAAUGGAAUUCACCAUCACAGUCACCCACACUCUCAGGCCAACGGGUCUAUGUUGAACGAACGGGACAGACAGUCUGUGGGGGGUGGUCAGGGAGGAGGACCAGGGCAGGUGGAGGAGAUAAACACCAAAGAGGUGGCACAGCGCAUAACCGCGGAGCUCAAAAGGUACAGCAUUCCGCAGGCCAUCUUCGCCCAGAGAAUCUUGUGUCGGUCGCAGGGAACGCUUUCUGAUCUGCUCCGGAAUCCCAAACCAUGGAGUAAACUCAAGUCUGGACGAGAAACCUUUCGGAGGAUGUGGAAAUGGUUGCAAGAACCCGAAUUCCAGAGAAUGUCCGCUCUCAGAUUAGCAGCUUGCAAGCGAAAGGAACAGGAGCAGCAGAAAGACCGCAACAUGGCCCCCAAGAAGCAGCGACUGGUCUUCACGGAUCUGCAGCGGCGCACGCUCAUUGCCAUCUUCAAGGAGAACAAGCGGCCAUCCAAGGAGAUGCAGAUCACCAUCGCCCAGCAGCUGGGCCUGGAGGUCAGCACGGUCAGCAACUUCUUCAUGAACGCCCGACGCCGCUGCAUGGACCGCUGGCAUGACGAGCACCUUGGCGGCAGCCCUGGGCAGCCGGGCACCUCUGCCACCACCUUCUCCAAGGCCUGAGAGGGAGGGGGGGUGCGCGCUGUUGGAGCCAGGCGCCAGGCCUGGUGCUGCCAUCGCCAUUGCCACUCACUCGAGGUCGCCCAUGAGGAGCUGUUAGCAACGUGCUAAACGAUUCUCUCCUUCAGUCCUGCUCUUUUACUUCCUCCAUUUUGUUUUUCUGUCUCUGUCGGUUGGACUGUUAUUAUGCGGAAUAGAACAUAGGUAAAUAAGUGUUCAGGACCACACAUGGACAGACAUUAUUUGGUAAUUUUGAUUCGUUGUUUUGUUUUGUUUUGUUUUUGGUUCGAAGUCCAGCAUCAUGUUGAAAAUCCUACCGACGUGCUGAGAUGUCAAGCCUCAAAUAGCCUCUUCACUCUGACUUGUUGCUAAAAUGAAUUCCUUUAAGCAUUCCCCUACUGCGUUUGCUCAGCCUCACUGGAAUCAUGUGUAUGUGAGGGCUCCUCAGCAAAAGAGCAGCAAUAAGCACCACAGCACACAACCUUCUCUUGUCCCAGGCCACUGUACAUGGCACUCAAAAAGAAAGAAAGGAAGAAAACAAACCAAAACAAAACAACAAUACAGUUCCCGCAGGAAGCAGUUUUGCCAUCCUUGUCACCUCACCACACCCCACCACACCACAUCCCACCCAUUACCAGAGGUAGCCUAUUCUCUGAAGCCCAAGCCAUUUCAUGGAGGCUCUUUCAGAUCAUGCACCAGGCUAAAGAAUUGAAAAUGUAAUCGAUGCAGACAGAAAGCAAGGGGCCUUGACCCUUCCUGAAGGUGAAACGGAACGCGCCUCACAAUGAAGAUACUCAGGUCUGCCCCAGUUCAGGUCUAUAUUUUUGCACAGAUGUUGGAUAACCUGCUGGGAAGGCGGUCUGUCCUUGCUUGUAAAAGUGAAGCGACUCUGUUCCUCACCAUUAGGAAGGUUCCUGAAAUAAAAAAUACGUCUGUUUCUGCUUGGUGAAUAACAAUGAGGAGAGGAAGAAAAGAGUGAUACUGUCGUUGCUUAAUAGCCUCUGAGGAGAGAGAGAAUAAAGAGCACACGGAAAUCCAGAACAUUACACAAUCCUCAACCUGCACAGAGUGGUAGUGCCACCUGGUGACCAAAAGAGGAAUGGAAAUUUAGCAACGCCAAAGAGACGGUUAAUCAUUUCCCAGACAAUAGGACGAGCCACGUCGGCAAAUGUGGUGUAAGGUUAAAUCUGAGAAAAAAAGGACUGAUGGAUAGUCUCUGUGACCUUGUCAAUCUUAUUUGUGUUCACAAGGCGUAAAGAUUAGGGAAGCUCCACAGAUGGACUGUAAGAC